AUGUACACACACGCGCGUCGCUCGGUGUAUAUACGUUGUGUUUGCAGGUUGGAGACGGUGGACCUGAUCUGCGGCAACAAAUACGUGGAGCGCUGUCUGCAAGGUUUCUUCCGGGGUGUCUCUUACGCCGCCCUAAACGCGCUGCGGAGGGAGUCUGCCGGGAAGUGCAAUGCCUCCCACUCCGACCACAAACGCUAUCUUGCGGGUGCUCGCUGUCUGAACAGGGCAGGAGAUCGCAUCCACGAGUGCUACCAGACAUUUAAGGAGGAGCUGUACCGGAUCAUAGUCGGGGCUACUCCAGAACGCAGACUCGAGCACGGCUGCUGCGAGACGAGCAGGCUUUUCCACUGCAAGCAACGCAGCAUCGAACAGGCUUGCGGAGACUCCGACACCGACCAACCAGUGCCGGGUUCCUUCGAGCGCUCGCUCGGCGAACUGGUCACACUGUACUGCCAGCCCUACGAGCACGGCUCGCCCGACUGCGCCGCCCUCGACAAGCUUCCAAAACUCAACCCGAACGAGACCGUGCCCCAGAGCUUAGUGCUCCUGAUGAAGUCCUACGUGUCUACGUUCGGUUGAACUGUAACUACGCUAUUCUACAUUGCGUUUCCGAGAGAAAUCCGCAAGUAAACAAAGAAAGAAAACCUUAUGCAUAAACCGUUAAGGGGAAUCUCUUGAAACUUGGCACAAAGCUGCCUUUAGGUGGUGUUUUUAGUACAGGGUGUCACAAAAAAAAAAAAUUACGU